AUGGGUGUAAUGCCAUCCGUUAAGUAUGAUGACACUUCCACCUCAUCUUACUUUCGAAAGAAUUCGUUCGACCGAGGAACUCGCUCGACUCAAUCUCACAUACCCAAGGCGUUGUGUCAGGAACUACCCAACACCGUUCCAUUCGUUAAGGAUGCCCCACCGCGACGUGUAAAUUGUCUAGGUGCCUAUUGUCGCCACGUUUUCAGAAACCGCAAUCAUGCGAACGAGACACGGAGUCCACCCAGAAAGUGGAUUUAG